AUGGUUUAUGACUUUUUUGAUAAACAUAUUUUCCUCUGCGAGAUGUAUGUCGAGGAAGCAGACAAGAUACAGAAGUUGAUUCUGAAUUUCUUCCCAUUUGAUAAUUCGAUUCAAAUAGUUGAUCCGGAACGUGGUAAAUUUCUACUGCGAAGGAUGCAGCUGCCCACUCUGAAAUUAGAAAUGUUGCAAGUGGGCAACAUUGUUAACAUAUUCUCCAAACUACUCCUUAUAACGGACUGCGCACCUAUUACACGUAAAAAGCUAUUCAAAAACUUCGAAAAGACAUUUGCUCUCAUCAAACCAUGCUCACCAAACAUCCACGGAAACAUCAUCACGUUUAUUUUAAAGAACGGCUUCCGCAUAACACGUAUGAAAAACGCGAGAGUGACUAAAGAUUUCACAGUAUUAAUGUACAAAAACAUAUCGAACAACGAGAAGUUGCCGAUUAUUAUCGAUUAUCUAACAAGUGGUGAAGUAAUAGGACUUGAAUUAGUCGGUCCCAACGCCGUGGCUAAGUGGCGCAACUGUCUGGGCGCCACCGAUCCGAAAGAGGCUGCCCCUGGGACCCUUAGGUAUCUCUUUGGUGAGAACACGCUUAGAAAUGUUGCACACGGCUGCAAUGACGUUGAAGAUGCCAAAAUAAUACUAGACGAGUUUUUUGGUUAUGUCAACAAUAUACCUAAAGUACCAUUCCGAGCUACGUUUAGAAAUUGCACUUGCUGCGUGAUCAAACCGCACGCAAUCUUUGACGGACAUUUCGGCUCGAUUAUAGAAAUAAUAUCUACAUCGGGGAAAUUUUAUAUAUCAGCAAUGGCCAUGUUUAGGGUGAACGUUGCAAACGCUAAAGAGUUUUUCGAAGUGUACGAGGGAGUGUUGCCAGAAUAUGAGGAGAUGGCAAUUCAUUUGUCGGAAGACAAAUGUCUCGCAUUAGAAGUUAAAGCUCUUGAUCCUAAUGUGAAUUGUGUUUGUGAAUUUAGGAAGCUGUGUGGACCCCGAGAUCCGGAAUUGUGUAGGCAACUCUAUCCGGAUACAAUAAGAGCUAAAUUUGGUAAAACUAUUCUCCACAAUGCUGUCCAUUGCACGGACCUACCAGAAGACGGUGAAACAGAAGUUGAAUAUUUCUUCAAACUUAUUUCUGUUAGUAGUGAUUAAUGAAUUUUUUCCUUUGUAUUGGAUAUUUUAGUGAGU